AUGAAAAACCCCUACAUCAGAUUGGGAUAUACUCCUUCAUCGAUGAAGGACGAGUUUAAAACGUAUUAUCGCUACGAAAAGGCUUAUAUCUACGAAGUCGACGAAGAUGACAACAGCUUCAUAAAGGGCUUUAUUCGAUAUCUCGAAAGUUACCCGCAGAAAAAGCUUUUUUAUGACAACUUCCAUCUAGCGACAGAUGUGGCAAAGAAAAUUCCAAUACGUUGGACAAGUAUCAAGAGGUGGUGGGUAGUCACUCCGGGACCCGAGGCGGGAACCAACACCUAUGAAAAGCACGAGAACACAGAUUUUCAACCUCAGCGGAUAUGGGCCCAGAAGCAGGCGACCCAGUUGUACCGCCAUUGCUCGCGGAUGGUCAAAAAAUGUUUCGGUCGCCGUAAUGUUGAUGCCCCGCAGCUUUAG